AUGGCGGAUAAAUGGGAAAGAAUAAACGAAGAAAAAAGCUCGGGAAAGGUUCAUUUAAGAAUUAAGGAUGAACCAAUGGAUACAGAUUUUCCUGAAGAAGACGAGGAGCCUCCUGCUUUUGGCCCCGCUGCUCUCGGACUUCAUAGAGUUGGUACUAAAUUGCCGCCAAAACCAGCACCUAGUGAACCAGUUCAGAAGCUAAAUGCUAGAGGUAUGCCUGCUCGAAUUAGAAAAAAAAAUAGAUUUAUAUUCGUUGAUGAUUUUGUAAAUAGUUCACCUCCACGGCAGUCGCCAAAACGAACUCCAAAGAUAUUGACAAAGUCUCCAAUAAAACAGCAAAGUGGAAAAAAACAAAAAUCACCAUCAAAAACUCCUAAAACUAACGAAAAAUAUGAAGAAAGAGAAGAAAAACAAUCACCAGAUAGAAAAAGUGGUCAGCGGAUUGGUAUGAGACUAAGAAAUCUCUUAAAAUUACCUAAAGCACAUAAAUGGGUAUGUUUUGAAUAUUUCUACAGUAAUAUAGACAAAGCUCUAUUUGACGGAGAAAAUGAUUUUAUGAUUUGCCUUAAAGAGUCAUUUCCACAAUUGGCCAAUAAAAAGUUAACCCAAGUUCAGUGGGCAAAAAUAAGAAGAAUGAUGGGUAAGCCCCGUAGAUGUUCUCAAGCAUUUUUUGCAGAAGAGCGGAAAGAAUUAGAAAGAAAAAGAAAAUUAAUUAGGUAUAUUCAACAAAGGAAAACCGCUGAUAUUUGUGUAAAAGACUUGCCAAAUGAAAUUCCUAUGCAACUUGUUGUUGGAACUAAAGUCACUGCAAGGCUGCGAAAACCCCAAGAUGGUUUAUUUACAGGAUGUAUUGAUGCUGUAGAUACAUCAAAUAACACAUACAGAAUUACUUUUGAAAGGCCAAAGCUUGGAACACAUUCUGUUCCAGAUUACGAAGUGCUCUCUAAUGAGCCACCUGAUACAAUUUGUCUGUCUAGUAUCACACAAAAAUUUAGGCCUAGAUAUGUAAUGGAAGAAAUAUUUAAUCUUUACCAACCUUCUUUGCCUAAUAAAAGUAACAGUCAAGGUGACCCUAUGAUAGGAUGUAGUGAUUUAGCCAAACAUUUUGAUUCAAACAAAGGAGGCUAUCCUUUUCCAUUACUAGAGCUAAUAGUAAAAUUGACUAAGGUUUUGCAAGCAAAGAGAAGUAAAAUAAAUAGGCUAAAGGAAUACAACUGUGAAGCUGAGAAAAGAAAAUCUUUUGGGCAAAGAAUGCCUGAAGAUUUUGAAAGAAAGUAUGCUGCGGUAGUGAUUGAUCUUGAAAGAAUGAAUAUGGACUUACAAGAAUAUAUAAAUGAAAUACAAAUGUAUUGUCAGCAGAUAGCUCCAGGUCCAAGCCUGGCUGCUAUGUUAGCGCCUUCUCAUCUGCGGGAAAAAUGCAGAGAAGAAGCAGCUGUAUUAGUAGAAAAAAAUAAUAAUGGAUCUAUUAAGGAAUCAAAUGUUAUAGAUCUUGUAACAGACUUAACUGCUUUAAUGUUGCAAGUUAAAAGUCUCUCAGACUCUGACCAAAAUGCUUAUGAGCUAAGUGUAUUGCAAGGAACUAUGGACCAAAUAAAGUUAAAACUAGACCCUCAAUAUCAACGACUGUUUCAAAAUAAUGUGGAACUUCAUAUGCAAAAAAUUCAAAUGGGUCUUGGUCAAAUGGUAUCAAGUAGUUGUGUGGCUGGCACA